AAUAAUUAUUUCUUUUGAGGAGGGAGAGAUCUAAUAGGUGGGGAGAACUAAGUUCAAUCUCAUUCAAUCAUCAUAGCUAAGGCUGAAACCAAAAAACAAAGGUGGAGAAAGAACUCAAUUCCUUCCCUUAAUCUCUAAUAAGAAGUGGGCUCAAGAGGAAACAUUCUUUAGAAGAGACAACUUGCUUUUCAAUUCCUCUUCUCUCUUCUCUCUCUCUCUUUCCAUGAAAUUUUGCUUAAUUUGGAGAAGUGGAAGAAACGGAAGGAGGGGAGGGAGGUUCAGUGUGGAAUGGGAAUAAGAAGAAGAAGAAGAAGAAGAGGAAGGAAAUGACAUGGUGUAAUGCUGACUGUGACGAUAACAGAGCUGUUAUUGUUGUUGAGCAUGGAAGUAUCUCUUCACCGUCGCCCACCACCGCUCUUGUUGUCCCUCAUGAAAAACACAAUCAAACAUGCUUUACCAUCUGCCCUUCAUGUGGUCACCGGAUCUCAUCUCAAGAACAGGCGGGAAUUCAUGAGUUGCCGGGUUUACCGGCGGGAGUGAAGUUUGAUCCGACCGACCAGGAGUUGCUGGAGCAUCUGGAAGGGAAGGUCCGUUCUGAUACUCAAAAGCUUCACCCUCUCAUAGAUGAAUUCAUACCUACACUUGAUGGGGAGAAUGGGAUAUGUUACACUCACCCUGAGAAGUUACCAGGAGUAAGCAAAGAUGGCCUAAUUCGCCAUUUCUUCCAUCGACCUUCAAAAGCAUACACAACGGGGACUCGGAAGCGGAGGAAGGUGCACACAGAUGCCGAUGGUGGCGAGACGCGAUGGCACAAAACAGGCAAGACCAGGGCAGUUAUAGUAGGUGGGAGAGUGAAGGGUUACAAGAAGAUACUUGUACUGUACACCAACUAUGGCAAACAAAGAAAGCCUGAGAAGACAAAUUGGGUGAUGCACCAAUACCACCUUGGAACUAAUGAGGAGGAGAAGGAUGGAGAAUUAGUGGUAUCCAAGGUAUUCUAUCAAACACAACCUAGGCAAUGUGGUUCAGUUGUGAUGAAGGACUCGCUUAUUCCUAGUCAAAGCGAGGUUGAUGAUAGCUCCAAUAAUAAUUUAAGAGACACCACAUCAACCCUAGUUGAUGAAUACUAUAAUCCUUCACUACUAAUCUCCUAUGAUCAAGGCAGUCAUGCUAGAGUAAGCCCUUCUCAGCUAAUGCCAAAUUUCGUGGUCCAUGCUGAUGGCUCUUCAUUUCUUCAUUAAAAGGAUCUCUCUCUCUCUUUCGUUCACAUUGCUAACCAUG